UGUGGAGAUAGAUAGGGGGUGAUGGGGAUUAUGUGUGUGGGGUCACAGCUGUGCUGAACCCUCCCUGAAAUCUCAGGUGUCCCCCAGAGCUCCCCAUCCCCUUUUGCAGCUCUACCUUCCCCCAGGUGCCUGAGGGCUGUGGAUGGGGGUCACAACUGGGCUGAGACCCACCCCGUGUCUCUCAGGGGUCGGCUGUGAUGCCACCAUGGCUCUCAGGGGCUCCCUCAGGGUCUUCUCCCUCUUCUGACAGCUCCACCUGCCCCCAGGUACUGUGGGAUGCCGGUGGGAGUCCGGGUCAGCUCUCAGGGGUCCCCCCAGGGUUGUGUCCCCUCAUGACACCUCCACAUUCCCCCCCACACAGCUGCGCCCCCUGCCACGGCUGUCAGAGGUCACCCGUGAGCUCCCCUGGGCUCUCAGGGUUCCCCCCAGGGUCUUUCCCCCAUGACAGCUCCACCUUCACCCCAGCUACUGGGGGGGCUGCAGCUGGGGGUCCUGCUCAGCACUCAGGGGUCCUCCAGGGUCCUGUCCCCUCCAGUGACAGCUCCACCUCCCCCAGGUACCCCCUCGCUGAGCAGCGGGGACAUGAGUGGGGCUGGGGGGCACCUUUGGGUACUCUGAGUGCCACCCCCGCAGCGGCCCCCCCAGCCUGGACCACCGAGGAUGUGACCUCUGGCGAUGCCCGUCCGUGCCGUACUUGCCGCCAGGCCGGCGGCACAGGAUGGAGCCUUUCCUGCCCUCCCCGUGGGGCUGGAAUGGCUCUAGAGGGGGGUCCCGGCCCCCCAACAGCACUGCCGAGGCCAAGCCCAAGGACGUGGCCUCCAAGUCUGUGGGGCUGUUCUUCAUGGUGCUGCUGGACCUCACGGCCAUUGUGGGCAACGCCGCCGUCAUGACGGUCAUCGCAAAGACGCCGGCGCUUCGCAAGUUCGUCUUCGUGUUCCACCUGUGCCUGGUGGAUUUCCUGGCCGCCCUCACGCUGAUGCCGCUGGAGAUGCUGUCGGGCUCCGCCGUGUUCGAGAGCCCGGGGCUGGGCGAGGCCGUGUGCCGCGUGUACCUGUUCCUCAGCGUGUGCCUCACCUCCAUGUGCAUCCUCUCCAUCUCCACCGUCAAUGUGGAGCGCUACUACUACGUGGUGCACCCGCUGCGCUACGAGGUGCGGAUGACCGCGGGGCUGGUGGCCGGAGUGCUGGCUGGAGUGUGGCUCAAGGCUGUGGCCACCUCGCUAGUGCCCGUGCUGGGCUGGUUGUCCCCCGACCGCCCACCGGCGCCUGGCGCUCACGGCUGCUCCUUGCAGUGGAGCCGCGGGCCAUCCUGCAAGGUCUUCGUGGUCUUCUUCGCCGCCUUCUACUUCGUCCUGCCCCUCCUCAUCAUCGUCGUGGUCUACUGCGGCAUGUUCAAGGUGGCGCGGGUGGCAGCCAUGCACCACGGCCCGCCGCCCACCUGGCUGGAGACGCCGCGCCGGCGCUCGGUGUCCCUCAGCAGCCGCUCCACCAUGGUCACCACCUCGGGGGCUCCGCGGACCACCCCGCAGAGGAUGUUUGGCGGGGGCAAGGCGGCCGCCGUGCUGCUGGCCGUGGGUGGCCAGUUCCUCUUCUGCUGGUUGCCCUACUUCUCCUUCCAGGUGUACACAGCGCUGAGCACUCGGCCCUUAGCCGGGCCGGCAGCUGAGACUGUGGUCACCUGGCUGGGGUUCUGCUGCUUCACCUCCAACCCCUUCUUCUACGGCUGCCUCAACCGGCAGAUCCGCGGGGAGCUCGGCCGGCUCCUCACCUGCUUCUUCAAGCAGCCCCCCGAGGAGGACCUGCGGCUGCCAAGCCGUGAGGGCUCCAUCGAGGAGAACUUCCUACAGUUCCUCCAGAGCACUGGGCGCCCACCAGAGCCCCCCAGCCCGCAGCGGAACCUGCCCCCCGUGGAUUUCCGCAUCCCGGGGCAGAUUGAGGAGGAGGCGGCGGAGGGGAUGGAGUGGGGCGGGGGCAGCGGGGUGUUCGUGCCCGUGGCGGGCUCUGCCAAGGCGGGGCUGUAG